AUGUCAGUUACACUUCACACUACGCACGGUGACCUCAAGAUCGAAAUCUUCUGCGAGUCCGUACCCAGAACAGCAGAAAAUUUCCUCGCCCUUUGCGCGUCGGGAGCCUACAAUGGCACACCAUUCCACAGGGUGAUUCCCGACUUCAUGGCUCAAGGCGGUGAUACCUCGCUUUCAUCACAAAAUACUGCUAGUACCCCGAUCAUCAAAGGAGGGACAUCAAUAUGGGGUGAAUACUUUGAAGAUGAGAUCAAAAUUCCCGCUUUGCGACACAGUGGUCGCGGUAUGGUUUCAAUGGCAAACAAAGGGCCGAAUACCAAUGGCAGCCAGUUCUUCAUCACCUUCAAGGAGGCGCCUCACCUGGAUGGGAAAAACACCGUGUUUGGCCGCGUCAUUGAUGGGGCAGAGGAAAGGGGCACGCUCGAGAAGAUGGAGAGUGUCGAAGUAGACAAGAAAUAUCGGCCCAAGAGCGAGAAAAUCGUCGUCGAACGCGUCACAAUACAUGCAAAUCCUUUGGCAGGUUGA